UUUUUUUUUAAUCGUGCUGCGGGCUGCGGGCUGCGGGCUGUAAAUCGAGUAGGGUCAAGCAUCUAGGGUGUACUCUCAAGUUUUCCACCAGCCGUUAUUCAAUCUUUCUCCCGUUUAGUUGAAAGGAAAGUCUUUUCAACGGUUAAGUCUCUGGUUUUAAGCCGCACCUCAUCGCAUCGCGUUGUGCAGAAUUUGGAAUCUGUGAAUACGCAUUGACGGCGAUAACUAAGGUGAUCUAUUAUAGUAGACCCUAAAGUUGCCUGCUUGAACUCGCGCAACAAGGUCUGUGAUCCUAUCCGUGACCCUACGUCAUGUUAUCUAGAGCCUUCGCGCGCUCUGCGCGAUUACCGGCGCUCUCAAGAUCAGCCAUAGCAACUCCGACGUUUUCUAGAGUUUCCAGCCGAGCAAUUCCAAUCAGUAGGACAGCUCCGAUAUGGGUGCGAGGUAUGGCCGAUGAUAAAUCUCAAAAAGUGCCGCCAAAUACGACGAGUUCGAAUCCGAAUCCGAAUCCGAAAUCUCCUCCUGAUCAACCCCCGCCUAACGCCGGCGCUGCUCAGUCUCAGCCCGCACAGUCUUCGAAAAGCGCCGAACCCGAAUCCGCUGCCUCGAAACCUGACUUAAGCUCUCUUCCCGAUCUAACACAAGGUAUCCCUUCAACACUCGAGUAUGAGACCAGCGGCGCUACCGACAAGGCGGCGCUUUCAGCGAUUGAGGAGUCGCCCGAACCUCAGGCUGGUGGUCGCGGUCGUGGAGAACUCCCUGCCUCGGCGUAUGUAAGCUCGAGAGACAAGCAAAGAGACAAGUUGGCCAAUCGCUUAUACCUUGUCUCACUCGGUCUGGGCAUUGUCGUCUUGGCUUAUCUCGGACGGAACUGGGAUGAGGAGGAAGCUAAAGUGCAUACCGAUAUUCCUAACGGCUGGUCGCUUGGGUUGUGGUGGAAGAGAAUGACGGCCCGAUUUGGAGACGUUAAGAGUUAUUACAGUGAACCGGCAUUCGAGAAGCUGCUGCCCGACCCCGAUCCCAUGUUUGAGCGACCUUAUACGCUCUGCAUCAGUCUCGAGGAUCUGCUAGUACACAGCGAGUGGACGAGGGAGCACGGUUGGCGAAUCGCGAAGCGUCCUGGCGUCGAUUACUUCUUACAUUACCUCAGCCAGUACUACGAGCUGGUCUUGUUUACAAGCGUUCCUUACGCUAUUGGAGAACCCAUAGUCCGAAAGUUGGAUCCGUUCCGAUUCAUCAUGUGGCCCUUAUUUAGAGAAGCUACUAAAUAUAAAGACGGCGAGAUUGUCAAGGAUUUAUCGUAUUUAAACCGUGACCUCUCCAAAGUCAUUAUAAUCGAUACGAAACCCGAGCAUGUCCGGAAUCAACCCGAAAACGCCAUCAUACUUAAUAAGUGGACCGGCGACCCGAAGGACAAGGAACUUGUUGCGUUGGUUCCUUUCCUCGAGUAUAUUCACACCAUGCAGUAUAAGGAUGUGCGCGACGUGCUCAAGUCUUUCGAAGGCAAGCAUAUCCCGACCGAGUUUGCACGCCGAGAAGCCAUAACGCGUGCCGAGUUCCAGAAGCGGUACGAAAGCGAGAAGAGGAAACGAAAGAGCGGAAUAGGCGCUCUGGGAAAUAUGCUAGGAUUGAAGCCGAGCAACAUGAGCAUGAUGGUCCCCGUAGAUGGCGAUAUCAGCCCGAGCGAAGCUUUUGCGCAAGGCAAGAUGCUGCAGGAUAUCGCUCGAGAAAGGGGUCGGCGCAACUACGAGAUGAUGGAACAACAGAUCCGCGAGAACGGCGAGAAGUGGCUGAAGGAAGAGCAGAUGGCGACAGAGAAGAUGCAAGCCGAGGCUAUGAGCAGCAUGAAGUCGUCCUUCACGAGCUGGUUCCUACCCACGAAACAGUCAGAAAAUUCCACCGAGCCUAAAAAGGAGGCGUAAGGGAGAAGGGGGGUUUAAAUGUAUGUAAUCUACGGAAAAUGUAUGAUAUGGGGAACGUCUUAUCGGGAGGCGUCUAAUUGGUCGCAUCACGGUUGUAUAAGAGGGAACUAUAAGAACAGUCACCUGCUGCUGCUGCUGCCACCAUCACUACCACCAUUACCACAUUACCCCCGGAACGAAACUCUACUCUUGAAGCAGUGGCAUUAUUUUUUUUUCUUGCAUGGGAAGGAUUAUAUUAUAAAAAGUUCAGGGGAGGCACUAUUACUACUACGCGGCUGAAGAUAAACGUGCUCAUAUCAUAUAUCUGAAGGUUGUCCCUGUAAAGGAAAAAGGGAUGGAGGGAAGUAACCUCGGGGAAAGGAGAGAAAGGAGAGAAAGACGGAGGGAUACACGUCGAGAUAAAAAAGAAAAAAGCCUAAUCUCUGUAUUAUUGUAGUAUAAGUGAGCGACUCGAGGCCUUUGCCUGCGCGGGCCUCGGGAUUCGCGUUGUAUAGGAAUCCAUCCGGCAGCAACAGCUUCGAAUAAAUCUGGUGCAAAAG